GUGCGCGUGCACGAGAUCGAGUGCUUUAGUUAAGUAGACUGACGUUAGUUAUAAUAAUUCAUUAAUCAGGCAGUUUAGAAAGUCGCACUUUACCACUCCAACAUGAGAUUCACUAUUAGCGCAGCUAAACCUGAGGACUGCAAAGAUAUAGAACGUAUGAUUAUGGAAUUGGCUGUUUAUGAAAAUAUGCCCGACCAAGUAAAGAUAUCUCAUAAAGAGUUGGAGAGAGAUGGAUUUGGACCAAAUCCUUUUUACCAUUGUCUUGUAGCUGAGGUACCUGAGGAGCACAAGUCUAAAGAUGGAAACACCACGGUUGGCUAUGUUAUCUUUUUCUAUACGUAUAGCACCUGGAAAGGCAGGACUGUCUAUAUGGAAGAUCUGUAUGUGAUGCCUGAGUUUAGAGGUAAUGGGAUUGGAAAGGCUUUACUAGGAGCUGUUGCUAAAGAGGCCAAAGACCAGCUCUGUUCACGUUUGCAGUUCUCUGUUCUUGACUGGAACAAGCCUUCUCUUUACUUUUAUAUGGCUAAAGGUGCAGAGGACCUCACUGCUAAGGAAGGAUGGCAUUUUCUACGCUUUCAUGGAAUGGCUCUUGACAAUCUAGCACAGGAGGCACCUUAAAGUGUUAGACAUCUGGCAAAUUUAGACGAAGUCAGUAUAGGAAUAAUUAAAGGGCACCUAUAAUAAAAAUAUUCUUUUGUAAGCUGGACAGAACUGUGGACAGAACUGUGUGCAGGUAUAGUGUCCACAGUCAUAUUAAGGGUGAUAUAAAAAAUAGGAUCCAAAUCCCUCCCAUUUUGAGGCCGACCUUAACUUGAUGUAGAAACGAGGUUUCCCUGCCCACUGAAUUGAGUGACAGUCAUAUAUUAACUUGUCUCUGUAGUAACGAGUAUAAUCUUGUCAACAAGACAGGACGUGUGCAAAGCAACUGGGAUUAAAAGAUUUGUUGAGCUCACUGUUUUCAUCAAUUAUCAAAUUUGAAUGAAGAAUGAGUUUUACAAGUUUAAAAGCUUUUUUAAACAGUGAAUGUUUGUAAUGAAUUACAGCGAUUUACUUCAGCAUUACUUUAUUACCAAAGCCGUGUGUCAGUAAAUUUAUAAAAGAAGAUGCUUUAAUCCCAGAUUGUGGAGGUUAAAUCAGGUUUAUUUUGUACAUUAACAUAACGGAUAUCCAUACAGCAGUGGAUGUUAAUGUGUAUCCUGUCACAUUCACCAUGCAAAAACGUAAUAAAAAAAGUUAAACUUG